CCGGCCGCUGGGAAGAGGUACUGCGCGCGGGCUGGCUCGGCCGCCGCCUCCGUCAUCGCCGACGCAUGCGCCCUUUGAAUCUGCGUGUGGGAGCAUUUACCUUUGCAUUUCGGUCUCUUUCCUCGAGUUCGGACGAGGCAGAGCAGGGGAAAACGUGAGAGCCACUUCUGGAGGGAAGGAGCCAAGGAAUGAAGAAUAGCAGAGGACGACGCACAGGCGACGCCGGAGAGCAGCCUUGCCAGCCAAGCUCGGGUUUCCCCAUGGCCCCGCCUCCCUCGCGAAGCCCGACCCUCUCUGGGGCGGGACCUUCCCCUCCAGCCAAUUCUGGGAGCCGAACCCUGGCGGUUUGUACUCUUUCUUUCCAAUGAGAAAAAAAGGAAGCAGCUUGGCUCCAAUGGCCAAUCCGAGGAGGCGGCGCCUGGUUGUCAGGCAGGUUUGUAAGAGUUAGGGCCAAUUGGAGGCGCAGCCACGGCUCGGCCCGGGCGCAGCGCGCAGGCGGUGGCGAAGAGACGCCGAGCGGGCCGAGUGCGGCCGAGCAGAGCCGGAGCCGGAGCGGGGCCGCAGGAGCCGGGCCGGGUGUGGACCGGCCGAGAUGCCCUAUAAACUGAAGAAGGAUAAGCAGGAACCUCCCAAGCUUGCCAAAGGCACAGCCAAGCCCAGCAGCUCGAGCAAAGAUGGUGGAGGAGAGAACACAGACGAGGCCCAGCCCCAACCUCAGUCUCAGCCACCAUCAUCCAACAAGCGUCCCAGCAACAGCACACCACCCCCAACACAGCUCAGCAAAAUCAAGUACUCAGGGGGACCCCAGAUUGUCAAGAAAGAACGACGGCAGAGCUCCUCCCGCUUCAACCUCAGCAAGAACAGGGAGCUACAAAAGCUUCCUGCCUUGAAAGAUUCGCCCACCCAGGAGCGCGAGGAGCUCUUUAUCCAGAAGCUACGCCAGUGCUGCGUCCUCUUUGACUUUGUGUCAGACCCGCUCAGCGACCUCAAAUUCAAAGAGGUGAAGCGGGCAGGACUCAACGAGAUGGUGGAGUAUAUCACCCACAGCCGCGAUGUUGUCACUGAGGCCAUCUACCCGGAGGCUGUCACCAUGUUUUCAGUGAAUCUCUUCCGGACGCUGCCACCUUCAUCGAAUCCCACAGGAGCCGAGUUUGACCCUGAGGAAGAUGAGCCUACCUUGGAAGCUGCCUGGCCACAUCUCCAGCUUGUUUAUGAGUUUUUCUUACGUUUCUUGGAGUCUCCAGAUUUCCAGCCAAACAUAGCCAAGAAGUAUAUUGACCAGAAGUUUGUACUUGCUCUCCUGGACCUAUUCGAUAGUGAGGACCCUCGAGAGCGGGACUUUCUCAAGACCAUUUUGCAUCGCAUCUAUGGCAAGUUUUUGGGGCUCCGGGCGUAUAUUCGUAGGCAGAUCAACCACAUCUUCUACAGGUUCAUUUAUGAGACUGAACACCACAAUGGGAUUGCUGAGCUCCUGGAGAUCCUCGGCAGCAUCAUCAAUGGCUUUGCCUUGCCCCUUAAGGAAGAGCACAAGAUGUUUCUCAUCCGUGUCUUGCUUCCACUUCACAAGGUCAAGUCCCUGAGUGUAUACCACCCUCAGUUGGCAUACUGUGUGGUACAGUUCCUGGAGAAGGAGAGCAGUCUCACCGAGCCGGUGAUUGUGGGACUUCUCAAAUUUUGGCCUAAGACCCACAGCCCCAAGGAAGUGAUGUUUCUGAACGAGCUAGAGGAGAUUCUGGAUGUCAUUGAACCCUCAGAAUUCAGCAAAGUGAUGGAGCCCCUCUUCCGCCAGCUUGCCAAGUGUGUCUCCAGCCCCCAUUUCCAGGUGGCAGAGCGCGCCCUCUACUAUUGGAACAAUGAAUACAUCAUGAGCCUGAUCAGCGACAACGCUGCCCGAGUCCUCCCGAUCAUGUUUCCUGCACUCUAUCGGAACUCCAAAAGCCACUGGAACAAGACAAUCCAUGGACUGAUCUACAACGCCCUGAAGCUGUUCAUGGAAAUGAACCAGAAGCUGUUUGAUGAUUGUACACAACAGUACAAGGCAGAGAAGCAGAAGGGCCGGUUCCGAAUGAAGGAAAGAGAGGAAAUGUGGCAGAAGAUUGAGGAGCUGGCACGGCUCAACCCCCAGUACCCUAUGUUCCGAGCUCCUCCACCACUGCCCCCUGUGUACUCCAUGGAGACAGAGACCCCCACAGCAGAGGACAUCCAGCUUCUGAAGAGGACAGUGGAAACAGAGGCCGUGCAGAUGCUAAAGGACAUCAAGAAGGAGAAAGUGCUGCUGCGGAGGAAGUCAGAGCUGCCACAGGAUGUGUACACCAUCAAGGCACUGGAGGCACACAAGCGGGCAGAAGAGUUCCUGACUGCUAGCCAGGAGGCUCUCUGACCCCUCCCCUCCCCUCCCCACAGGGUUACAGCCCACUCAGCCCUGGGACGCAGCCCGGCCCUCCACCCUCUGCUCCUUAUUGGCUGACCUGGGGCAAAACAGCACCUCUCUGGCUACUCUAGAGGAUGCAGGCACUGGAAGCAGGGAUGCUCAGAGGGCUCCCUCUUCUCCCCUAAAUGUGUUCAUGCCUCCCUGUGGCUAGUACAGACAGGCUGAGCACUGAGUGCUCAGUGCUUAGACAACCUGGGGGUGCCUGUCCCCCUGCUCCUAACCCCACAGCUACCUGAAACUGUUCUGAGAAACACAAACACAGGAAUUACAUGCUCCUCUCCUGUCCUCUUCAUCCUCAUGUGAACUUGAGGUGUCUCUCCUCUCCACUGCAGGGUAAAGCAGGAGAGUGUCACCAAAGUUACAUCAAGCUCCAUUGGCCCCUGGAGUGAAGAGCUGGAGGGACCAACCCCCAGCAGCACAAAUAGGCCCCUAGCCCUAGCAUGAUGCAGGCAGGGGACGGUGGUGUAUUACCCCUUAUCCUCUGCCUAACCAGGACAGCACAGAGGUCAGAAAGUGUAUGGACACUAGAUGAAUAUAGGGCCCCGUGGGCCAAGGUGGGGAGAAUGAACCAUCUACUUUGCCCCUCUUUGGUAAGCAGCAGUCCUGGGAUCACAAAUAUGGAAGGGACCACCCUGUGGCUGACUGCUUUCCUUUGUGCUGUUGGUUCCAAAGCUCUAAAGAAGGAAGCAGGAGCAGUGCCCCAAGCAUGGCUCCCUGCAACACCUAUUUAUUUCCUUGUUUAUGCUGGUGCUGGGCAGGCCUCACCUGUACCCUUUGGGCACUCAGAAAAGCAAGGGUGGGGAGGGCUGGACCAGGUUUCAGGGGCACAGGCAGUGCAGCUUUUGGCUGUGUACAUAGGGUGCUUUAUUCUCCACAGAGUGAUACAUGCUGAGGUGGGUUGGGCUUGGGCCAAUGUCCCCAUAUGUACAGAACUGAAUAAAGUGGGUCUCUGAGA